UUUAUACAUUUAAAGUUAGGAUGAUGGAUUAUAGUUGCGAUAACUUUGAAGUAAAUGAAAGUAGAAUAACUUUGAAUGUAAAUUUGAAUUGUUAUGAAAUUGUAUAGAAAGAUGAAGAGAUAAAGAAGUUAACUUUGGAGGAAGACUUACCAGAGAUCAAAAGAGCAUAAAUAAUUUUGAUGAAAGGAUAGCAACGCCAAAAGUUAGCUGUAAUUUAUUUUCCAUCUUUGGUAGAUAUAUAACAACCUACACAGAUUGCUAUCUCUGAGUUUUGAUCAAUUGUAUCAAUAUAUCAGAGGGGAUAUAAUGGAGUAAAGUGAGGAAGUGCAAAUAAUAGCAGCGAGAUCCUUGCAGGCUUGUAAGGUGAAGCCAAAGGAAAUCAUCCAAUUGGCAUUACAUUUCAUUUAACUAUAUCAAUGGAAAUUGGCAUAGGCUUGGAUGCCUGUGUUUCAAAAUUUGGUGUUACUGAUUGAUUAUAAAGAAUUUUAGUCCUAUUUAGAGAAAAUCAUAAUCCAAUUUAGCGAACCCAAAUAGCCUGAAAUUGGAAGAUGGGUUGGAGCAAAAAUGAUAGUGUGCAUUUCGCCAGUCUUGAAGGAUGAAAUGAAAGGACCGAUAUUGGAUCGAGCUCGUUUGUUAUGUUCAGAUCCAGAUCAUGAAAUCAGGGAACUAGUGGCAGAUGAAUUGCUUACUUGUUUGAUAUGCAACUUGUCGGGGGAAUUAGUGGAACAAUACUUCAUUGACAAAAUAAAUGAAUUGUUGUAUGACACUCAAAUAAAUGUGAAGAAGAGCAUGAUAAGGACGUUCUUGCGAUUUCAACACAAACUCCCGAGAAACAGUUACAAUGUAAUUAUCAGAGUAGAUUAGCGUAGAUCAAAGAGACCACCAUUUUCAUUGAUUGUUUAUCCACCAACAAUGUAGAGUUGUUGAGUGUGGCUUUGCAAUACUGUGGGGAAACAUUUGUGCAGAUCCAAGAUUUGAUUAAUGAUGAGUUUAAGAGCAAGUUCACAGUGUUGUAUUAGAAAUUCGGUCAACAUCAGAAUGAGGAGAUUCGGAGAUGGUAUUUGUAUAAUUUACCUGGAAUCCUCUUGCAUUUGAGUGAAGGCCCUUAUGCAAGUUAAAUUUUAGUGCCAUUUGCAGAUAUUUUAAUAUAGGAUAAGAGUCAUUAGAACAAAUUGCUAGCUUGCAAAAUAUUGCAUGAGAUUUCGAAAUAGUUUGAUGUAAUUGAAGUACAUAAAUCUUAAAGUACAGUUAUGUGUUACAAAAGAUGUGGCAUUUGUUUGAGUGUGUGAUCUAGAGUGAAGAUCUUGAUUGCAUAUUAGCCAUCAAUCUACCUGAAAUGUAUAGGUUGUUGUAGGGCAACGAACAGAAUCAGGAUAAGCUAGUAAUUAUAUCAAUUUACUAUUCCACUAGAAAACUUAGUUUAAAGACAUCAAUUAAUAAUUGCAAAAAGUCUAUCAAAAAUGCUUAAGCAAUUAUUAAUGUAAUUAACUAUUUUUAGAGCAGCUUCUCAAAUUCCUACACCUAAUUAACAAAAAGCAUUUUGAACAAUACAUCCUGCCCGUCAUCUACAAAGAACAACAAAACAUUCACUCAGACCUCCUGUCAAUGAAAUGUUUAGCCAAAUUCUACAGUGUCUGUCAAGACUACGAAAUCCAAAUGAAGAUCAAAGACACCAUGAAUCUGAUGUUCUUCCGAGGCAACAACAACAAGAGAGUCCGUUACAUAUUUUGGGUGUCCAAUCUUGUACAAUACAUCAGUAAAAAGCGGUUCCAAGAACUCAAUGUAAUUAUAUGUCUUUCAUUUUCCCUAUAGCUCAACCAAAUCAUCUCCUAUAGCUCUGACAAGGCUGCGAGUGUGUAAAUACAAUUAAUUAAAUCUUUGCCUCAAUUCUACUAAUAUUUGGAACCCAUUGAAUACAAUCUUAUUAAAAAUGUGAAGGGAGUAACCUAGCAAUCUCUGGCCAAAGAGGCAUUCCUUGAAAUUCAGUAAAGAUAAUAGCAAAAUCAAAACUUUUAGGAAGAGUAGAGUUUGCUCAUUCAAUAAGAAGAAGCUGUAUUUACUCAAUUCACUUAACAACAGAAAUAAGAGAAGUAAAAUGAUCUCAUCUAAACCAAUGAAUAUGCAAAUAAAUAUCUCAAAAAACCCAUUCCUAAAUUGGUUUAAUAACAAUCCAAAAAGACUCCAAAUGCAUCUACUUCUGUGAGGUAUUUCAAUUUUUUAAAUAUUUUUUUAAAUUUAGAUUAGCGAAUCAAUCAUUUGGUGAACUUACUCCUUAAUAAUAAUAAUAACAACAAUUUAAAAGAGUUCGUAGAUAUACUGAUGCUGCCAAAUCAACUUCCAAACCUUCAUCUAGACCGAGUGGAUUUACAUAGAAAUGAGAUUUACGAUUAUUAAUUUAAAACAUCGG